GGACUCACUGACUUUGGUUCUACCGUGACAGGAUCGAUAUUCCGCAUCGAACACCCUUCCUGACGUUGACAAGAAGCAAAAUUAUGAAUUGGUUCGAGCCUUGGAGAACGGGACCCACACCUGGCUUCACUUCUGCAGGAAUAUCAGCACCACGGAUUUGUUACAGGAUUAUCAAAUCACGAACAAGGCAGUGGAAAUCAUCUGGGCAUACGGGGAAAAAGACCCAGGGGUCGGGGAGGAACCUUCCUAUCACGCGCGCAACCGAGGGGAAAGCAGCCUGUCCAUCCUCGAUGCCACCGUCGACGUCAGCCAGGAGGAAGCCUCGGCGGAUCCCUCGAAGGACGGAACGGAGGAUUAAUCGGAAGCGGGCGUCCACAUUCCUCCUACCUGAUGGCCUUAGUUUCGAAAAGGUCUACAUCAUUGCUUCACUAAUCACUAAUUGAUAUAUGUGUGUAUUUUGCAUCUUUGUCUUCAUUCUUCGUAAUUUUUCACCAAGGUUCACUGACCACUCUAUUUGGAAGAUUUCUAUGCCCUCGAUUCUGUUUCGAAUGAAGUCACACCUUCCCAUG